AUGGUGUUGCCCGAGCUUCCUCAUGCAGAAUCAUCCGAUGGGACUUCUCUUAGUCAGCCCAUGGUCGCCCCUGGCUCUCCCACAGCAACACCGCAACAUCAAUCCUCGGCCCGGCCCAGAGCUCGGCCCGAAGUAGAGGCUUUGCCUGGCCCCACUCCCUUGGCCCGACCCAGCUCUUCGGUGCCAUCACCUGGGACCCAAUCCCCUCCUGGGCUUGACAGCACUGCCCAGUCCCCGCCAAGUUUGGGCCACGAUGCGACCAACCCAGCUGCUAGGUCUGAUUCGCUUCCUCGGGGCAUUUUUCUGGAGGUUCCACCGCAGCCCCUGCGACGUAGUGAUCGCAUCCUGAUCCUGCUGCCUAUCGUCCUCUCGUAG